CCUGGUCGGUUGGCUGGGGCGGCGCGCGCUCCCCGCACCGCGCGCACACAUGGGCGCGCACACUGCACGCACGCACGCACACACACACACACACACACACCUGGAGCUCGUCCCAGGAGGGGGGCGGGGAGCAGAGCCAAGGCGAGUGUCUUAAAAUAGGCAGGCAGACGAGCGCGAGACACUGAGAGGCGGGAGGAGGCGAUCGAGAGCGGCGGGCACGAGGCGCGCAGGUCCGCGCCGUGUUGCACAGGCGGGCUGGGAGGGGUGGGCGCCGACGCCCCUCGGCGGCCGGCCCUCCGCGCGGCUCCUCACCCGGCCCUGCAGGAAGCGCGCGCUGAUUGACACCUGCACUGUCCCCAAAGGCUCCGAGAAGAUGCUGAUCCGCGGGUGGGUCUAGACGCGCGGCCCGCGCGCCGGGUGCCGGCUCCCUUCCGCGCGCCUCCCGAGCCCCGCCGCCUCCGGCCGCCAAGGAGCGCCGGACCGAGGCCCUCGCCUGCGCGCCAGCCCCGCGGCCCCGGCCGGCGGGCGCUCGCCCCGGCUCACCAUGCACUGCCACGCGGAGCUGAGGCUGAGCUCGCCCGGCCAGCUGAAAGCAGCCAGGCGGCGCUACAAGACUUUCAUGAUCGAUGAGAUCCUCUCCAAGGAGACCUGCGACUACUUUGAGAAACUUUCCCUCUACUCCGUGUGCCCGUCGCUGGUCGUGCGACCCAAGCCCCUGCAUUCCUGUACCGGUCCCGCUUCCCUUCGGGCAUACCCUCUCCUCUCGGUGAUCACCCGACAGCCCACAGUCAUCUCCCACCUGGUGCCCGCCACCCCAGGAAUCGCCCAGGCACUGUCCCGCCACCCGGCUGCCGAGGCGGCCUCUGCUGAGGCCAUAGGUGAGAACCAUGGCAGCAGCGAGUCGGAGACAGAGCAGCCCACGCCCCGGCAGAAGAAGCCCCGCCGGAGCCGCACCAUCUUCACCGAGCUGCAGCUCAUGGGCCUGGAGAAAAAGUUCCAGAAGCAGAAGUACUUGUCCACCCCAGACAGGUUGGACUUGGCCCAGUCUCUGGGACUCACUCAACUGCAGGUGAAGACUUGGUACCAGAAUCGCAGGAUGAAGUGGAAGAAAAUGGUAAGAAAGACAGUUCUUAAAGGUGGACAGGAGGCACCCACAAAACCCAAAGGUCGUCCCAAGAAGAACUCUAUCCCCACAUCAGAAGAGAUCGAAGCUGAAGAGAAGUUGAACAGCCAGGCCCAGAGCCAGGAGCACCAGGAGUCCUCCCAGGGCCAAGAGGGGCUCUGUGACACGCAGGAACCAAAAGCACACAGUGUCCCCGUAGAUGUGGCCGAGCCCCCAGGCCAGCCCCAGGAGUUGCCAGUAGCCUCUUCGGAACCCCCACCAUCAAGCUAAAAUAAAACUCUUGUGGGGGGAGGGGGAGAUUGGGAAGAAGGGAAAGAGAGAAGGCAGGGAGACCAGGGAGAGGAAAGCUUCGGAGAGCUGGUGACUUGGGGGGAGAAGACCACCGCCGGCUCGCUCCCUCCUGCCCACAGGUCUCACCUUGAGCUUUUGAGGAAGACUUGCUCACCUUAGCCUCCUCUUUCUGAAAGGCUGCGUUAGCCACGGAUGCCCUUGACUAAGGGACACAGUGCCUUGGAACUGCAAGCCCCAGCCAGGGUGACGCCAUGAGGCUGUUGGGGUCCAACCCCACCCCGCCCCACCGGUGUGGUGGAGGAUGCUCUGGUCAGAGGAGAGCGAGAUGGAGGAGUGGGCAGCAUGUCCAGGUUCCUUGCUGACUCAGCACUUAUUUCUGUAGUUUUAAAAGAGAAUUUAAUGUUUUUGGUUGGUUUUUUUUGGGGGGGGGAGGGGUUGGUGAGGGCAAAUAAGAGUUGGAGGAAGGGAGUUCUGUGUUAAUAGAAUAAAGUUUGUUUGAAGACACGUGUGCCUUUGUACCCAUUGUAAGGUGGUCAGGUGACCCAAGAACAGAUAAACCUUGUUUUUCUUGCUUCAUUAAGUUGUCAUCCCUGAAGCUGCAAUGCAGAUAUGUGAAGAUAACUUUUAUUUUUUAAUUAAAAAUAAAUCUUUCAAAAAAG